ACACGGUCACGCUGAGCUAGUGCCCAGGCCUGGAAUCGGGCUGCAGCCUCAGCCGCGCCCGCCGCCUCCCGCCGCUUGCCGACCAUGGACCCCCGCAAAGUGAGCGAGCUUCGGGCCUUCGUGAAAAUGUGUAAGCAGGACCCGAGCGUUCUGCACACCGAAGAAAUGCACUUCCUGAGGGAGUGGGUGGAGAGCAUGGGCGGUAAAGUACCACCUGCUGUUCAUAAAACUAAAUCAGAAGAAAAUAUCAAGGAAGAAAAAGCAGAUAGUAAGAAGGCGGAGGAAAACAUAAAGACAGAUGAACCAUCAAGUGAGGAAAGUGAUCUAGAAAUUGACAAUGAAGGUGUGAUUGAACCAGACACUGAUGCACCUCAAGAAAUGGGAGAUGAAAACGUAGAGAUAAAUGAGGAGAUGAUGGAUCAGGCAAAUGAUAAAAAAGGGGCUGCCAUUGAUGCCCUAAAUGAUGGUGACCUACAGAGAGCCAUUGACUUGUUCACAGAUGCCAUCAAGCUGAAUCCUCGCUUGGCCAUUCUGUAUGCCAAGAGAGCCAGUGUCUUCAUCAAAUUACAGAAGCCAAAUGCUGCCAUCCGAGACUGUGACAGAGCUAUUGAAAUAAACCCUGAUUCAGCUCAGCCAUACAAGUGGCGAGGGAAAGCACAUAGACUUCUGGGCCAUUGGGAAGAAUCAGCCCACGAUCUUGCCCUUGCAUGUAAAUUGGAUUAUGAUGAAGAUGCUAGUGCAAUGCUGAAAGAAGUUCAGCCAAGGGCUCAGAAAAUUGCAGAACAUCGGAGAAAGUAUGAGCGGAAACGUGAAGAGCGAGAGAUCAAAGAAAGAAUGGAAAGGGUUAAGAAGGCUCAGGAAGAACAUGAGAGAGCCCAGAGGGAGGAAGAAGCCAGACGACAAUCAGGAGCUCAGUAUGGCUCUUUUCCAGGUGGCUUUCCUGGGGGAAUGCCUGGUAAUUUUCCUGGAGGAAUGCCUGGAAUGGCAGGGGGCAUGCCUGGAAUGGCAGGAAUGCCUGGGCUCAGUGAAAUUCUUAGUGAUCCAGAGGUUCUUGCAGCCAUGCAGGAUCCAGAAGUUAUGGUGGCCUUCCAGGAUGUGGCCCAGAACCCGGCAAAUAUGUCAAAAUAUCAGAGCAACCCAAAGGUGAUGAAUCUCAUCAGUAAAUUGUCAGCCAAAUUUGGAGGUCAAGCGUAACGCCCUUCUGACAAAUAAAGCCCUGGCUGAAGGAAAAGCAAUGGAGAUCACCCAGUGGAUGUCGCAAUAAUACAAACCAAUGUACCUCUGACCUUCUCAUGAAGAAAGCUGGGGUGCUUUGAAGAGAAUCCCUACCCCUCUGCCCCAAAUGCAGCUGUAACAUUUUACAGUGCUUUGCCAUAGGGUAUUUGUUCAGAUAAUGUUUUCCUACUAGAAAUUACAAACUUUAAACACUUUUAAACCUUAAAAAUAUUUAAAAACAAAUUAAAAGGGUAUGUAAAACCCUACAUUUUUCUUUAAUCAUUUCAGUGUUUUCCUUUGAAUUAAUUGGGCAAAGAAUAUACUUUAGUAUGGAAGAUUUAUUGCUCAGUUUGAGUGAAAUACAGGUUUAUUAGUGGGAGGUAAAUAUAAGAUUUAAAUAGAUAAAAUUUUAGUUGGAUAUAUGGUUACUGAGGCAUUUUGAUUUGUCUUUUUAAAUGCUUUAUUUAAAAAAAAA